AUGAAGUUCCUCAAGGUCAAGUUUCCCGUAAAUGUUCGGAACACGGAGGCUUCCUAUGAAACACAAUACGGAAUAAAUAAGGGGCCAACCCAUUACAACGCGUCAUGGGAUAUGGCAAAGCUUGAAGUGUGCAGUCAAAAAUUUGUAGAUCUUUCAGAAUAUGGCUACGCCGUUUCGAUUCUCAAUAAUGGCAAAGAUGGAUUCGCAACUGUCGGAAACGCGAUGCGCCUCUCACUUCUACGAUCGUCAAAGGCCCCAGAUGAUACGGCCGAAAUGGGAAGGCAUACAAUUCGCUGGGCUAUUAUGCCCCAUUCUGGUCAGUUAGGAGCCCGAACUGUGCGUGCGGCCUUUGACUUCAACAACCUCCUGAAGCUUAUCAGAGCGAUGUCAGAGAAGAGGUCUAUUCUUAAUGACUAUCCGAUAUCACUGCAAGGCGACGACAGCCUUGUAUUGGAUACUAUAAAGCGUAGCGAAGAGGAUGAAGAUAUCAGUCUAGUGGAGCCAGCCGCCCGCAAAGGACGGAGUGUUAUCCUCCGGAUUUAUGACUCUCUUGGGGGUAGGACAAGGGGAAUUAUUGCGGUUAAUUGGCGGAUCAGCAAAGUUUAUCGAAAAAAUAUCUUGGAGGAUAACAUAGAAGAAGUUUCUUUCCAGAAGGGCAAGUUCUCUGUUGAGUUGUGGCCUUUCGAAGUCAGCACAUAUAGAAUCUCUCUAGAGGGUUAA